GCUCCUCAACGGAAAAAUAAAGAACUAUUUGAUUUGAUCUGUCACAGGUGGAGAGGAAGAGAGAGUUUAGAGAAAGAGAGAGAGAGAGAGAGAGAGAGUUGAAUGAAGGGAGAGAAAGGAGGAGAGUGACUUCCGGAUUGAGUAGGACUGUUCGAUUUAUUUUGAUCUAGAGAGGGAGCGAGUCGUCGAAAUAUUCCUUGAAAUUUUUUGUGAUCUGGACGGAGGACUGUGUACGGUCGACGGAAUAUUUUUGAUCUAUCGGGGAGGUUUGGUUUUUGAUUAGAAAAAGAUGGUGAAUACUUUGGUGGAGAGAGCCACGAGCGACAUGCUGAUCGGGCCUGAUUGGGCCAUGAACAUCGAGAUCUGUGACAUGCUUAAUCACGACCCUGGGCAAGCAAAAGAUGUUGUUAAAGGCAUAAAAAAGCGCAUUGGUAGUAAGAAUUCUAAAGUUCAACUUCUAGCACUAACACUAUUGGAGACAAUCAUAAAGAAUUGUGGGGACAUUGUCCAUAUGCAUGUAGCAGAGAGGGAUGUUCUUCAUGAGAUGGUGAAAAUAGUUAAAAAGAAGCCUGAUCUCCAUGUCAAAGAGAAGAUAUUAAUUCUGAUAGAUACAUGGCAAGAGGCAUUUGGGGGACCAAGGGCUAGAUAUCCACAAUAUUAUGCUGCAUACCAGGAGUUAUUGCGUGCUGGAGCAGUAUUCCCUCAGAGAUCAGAGAGGUCUGCACCUGUAUUCACUCCCCCACAAACACAGCCUUUGGCUUCUUAUCCUCAAAAUCUUCGCAAUCCUGAAAUUAGGCAAGAGGUUGCUGAGUCUUCUGCCGAGUCAGAGUUUCCAUCAUUGAGUUUGACCGAAAUUCAGAAUGCAAGGGGUAUUAUGGAUGUCCUUGCAGAAAUGUUGAAUGCAUUAGAUCCAGGCAACAAAGAGGUAUAUAAUUUCGGAUUUGAAUGUGGAAAAAGAAGUAGGACACUAGGAUUGAAAGAAGAAGAAUUUGAGGGGAAAAAGAUGGGAAAGGAUGGGAACAAAGAGGUGGAUGAGUCACUUCUGUGUCAAGGUCUGGCCUUAAAUGAUGACUUACAGCGCUUACUCGCGAAGCACGAAACCAUUGCUUCUGGAACUUCUGCUCCAACAGAAAAACCCAAGCCUGAAUCUGUUGGAGCUCUCGUAGACGUUGGUGGUCCUCUUGUUGAUACUGGAGAUGGUAGUCAACAGCCUGAUAAGAGGUAA